AUGGAUAAGAUGACAACAAAGACUGGCUGGGCAGCCUGGACUGCCAAAAAGAAGAUUUUUGUCGCUUCUCUCGUUGCCCUCAUCAUCGUCGCACUCGGUGUUGGACUCGGCGUUGGCCUGGGCGUGGGCUUGAACAAUGGAGGCAGCGGCGAAGGCGAAGGUGAAGGCAGUGGAAGUGGCGGCACUGGUACCGGUGGAAAUGGAACCACCAGCGGCAAUGGGACGGUGAAAUGGCAGCCAGCAGUGGGUGUCAAGUGGCAGAUUGAGCUCCUGUAUGCUCUCAAUGACACCUCCGUGGACGCCGACGUCUACGACAUUGACCUUUUCGACAACGACAAGACCAUGAUCUCGAAGCUUCAGGGUCUUGGUCGCAAGGUCAUCUGCUACUUCUCUGCUGGAACCUAUGAGAAGUGGCGCUCUGAUGCCAGUGAUUUCGCGUCAGCGGACCUGGGCAACAAUCUCGAUGAUUGGCCUGGUGAGAAGUGGCUCGACACAAACUCCAACAAUGUGCGCAAGAUCAUGCAAACCCGCCUCGAUCUGGCAGUGACCAAGGGUUGCGAUGGCGUUGACCCCGACAACAUUGACGCCUACGACAACUCCAACGGGCUCAAGUUGACCAAAGAUGACGCGAUUAACUACGUGAAUUGGCUCGCCGGUCAAGCUCACAGCCGCAACCUGUCCGUGGGUCUCAAGAAUGGCGGCGCCAUCAUCGACUCCGUCCUCAGUAACAUGCAGUGGUCUGUCAAUGAGCAAUGCGCUCAGUAUACCGAGUGCGAUACCUAUGCGGCAUUCACCGAGGCCGGCAAGCCUGUUUUCCACAUCGAAUACCCCAAGGGCGAUACCACCAACAACAAUCAAGCCGUCACGACCUCUCAAAAGUCCUCGGCUUGCAAUGCCGCCAGCGCUGGCAACUUCUCCACCGUUAUCAAGAACAUGGACCUGGACAAUUGGGUGGAAUACUGCUAA